AUGGCCUACUCGGUUUCAACACAAAAUUUUGUAGCCAUUUCAGAUGUGCAUCCAAAUCUUGCUCGUCCUAGUAUAAUUGGUAUGGUGAUUGGGAAAACAGAUGCCAAAGGCUUUCCAGACAGAAAAAAUAUUGGAUCAGAAAGGUACACUUUUGGCUUCACUGUCCGCGAUUCACCAUCUUACUUCAUAAAUGUACAUUCUUGGGGAAGAGAGGACUAUAUUAAAUCACUUUCAGAAAGCUUUAGAGUUGGUGACUGUGUCAUAAUUGAAAAUCCUUUAGUUCAGACAAAAGAGGCUGAAAAGGAAGAAAAAUUCAACGCUACAACUCCUAGCUGCUACAAACUGCUCCUCAGUGAGAAUCAUUCCGUGGUUAAAAUCUGCCCCCACUAUGAAGUUGACACCAAACUACUGUCCCUGUUGAAUCUACCUGUGAAGGAACCUCAAGAUUUUUACACUCUGGCGGACAUUGCAGCCAAUGGACAGAGUCUGGAAGGAAGAAUAAUUAAUAUUCUUGCAGCAGUCAAGUCGGUUGGAGAACCAAAGUACUUCACCACUUCAGACAGACGAAAGGGUCACAGAUGUGAAGUAAGGCUGUAUGAUGAAACUGAGUCUUCCUUUGCGAUGAUAUGCUGGGACAAUGAAUCUAUCCAGCUUGCACAGAGCUGGAUGCCACGAGAAACAGUAAUAUUUGCAUCAGAUGUAAGAAUAAAUUUUGACAAAUUUAGAAAUUGCAUGGUUGCAACUGUACUCUCAAAAUCCAUCAUUACUACUAAUCCCGAUACACCAGAAGCAAUUAUUCUACACAAUUUUAUAAAAGAAAGUACAGAAAUGUUAGAUUUGGAUGAUGAAAUGGGAGAGCAUUUCAGAGAUUCCAUAAAUGUACAGGCAAUAGUUGAUGUUUAUACAGUGGAGCAAUUAAAGAUUAAAGCUUUGCAAAAUGAGGGAAAAUCAGAACCUUUCUAUGGCAUUAUUUUUGCCUACAUUUCUACACUGAAUAUUGAUGAUGAGACAACUAAAAUAAUACGAAACAGAUGUAGCAAGUGCCACUAUGUGGUCAAUGAAAGAACAAACUCAUGCUCCUUCUGUAGCAGCUUUGUCUCCUCCUCAGAUGCCACACUACUAUUUGCCAGCUUUGAUGUACUAGUUGAUCUGACAGACCACACAGGCACUCUCCAUUCUUGCAAUCUCUCAGACACAGUGGCUGAAGAAGCUUUAGGCUGCACGGUCCAGGAGUUCCAGACUCUGACAGAGGCUCAAAAAACAGCCCUAAAAUGGCACCUUCUUCUAGAACGAAGCAAAAUUUAUUUUAAAGUUAUUCUUUCGGCCAGUUCACGAACCGGACUGAGAGUUAGCUUGCUUUCUUGUAAGCUAGCAGAUCCUGUGGAGGCCAGUCGAAACCUGCCUGGAAAAGACCUACCUUUCCCAGCUUCAGAACAGCUGGAAGGAGUCUAA